UACCCCCCCACCAAGCACGGCAUUUCCUACGUCGUCAGUUUGAAAUGGUUGGCCAGACAAAGGCAGCACAGCGUAGCCACGGGAAGAAGCGCCAUGAAUCCAUCAACAGAACUGAAAUGCUAAUAUAAACGGUGCCCUUUUACCCAUUACACAGAAGAAAAGAAUACUGCGGGUUUAAGAGAUACAUUUUCAGUUUUUAUUUUGAAAAUGAACGACCGACUGGAUCCACUUGAAGAACGACAACCGUCAUCUGACUUGAACAUGGGUAGAGUCGCCUGACGGUCUCUGUUUUCCGCCUUAUGGUUCGCUAGCUAGCCUAGGCUACUAGCCAGGCAAGCUAACGUCAGCUAGUUGUCUACGUUUUCAUGGGAAGCAGGUAGCUAACUAUCUCAGUUGAUUUGGAAUAAUAUAACACAACCUGAACUUCGCGUUGGAUUUUCAGAUAUGUAUUAUGUAAAGCUGGCUUGGGAUUCCUGGACUUUGAACAUGUUCUUUUUCUGAGUUACAUUAGUUAACUUCGCGAACAGUUAACGUUAGCUAGCCUACUCGAAUAAUAGGAUACCUGGUUAGUUUUGGCUAACCUCUCCCCUUCCAAACAUGUUUGAAAUGGAGACACACAUAUCUGGCCUUUUCCCGGAAAUUUUAGCUAUGAUUUUCAGUUACUUGGACGUAAGGGACAAAGGUAGAGUGGCCCAAGUGUGUGCGGCCUGGAGGGACGCUUCGUACCACAAGUCUGUGUGGAGGGGGGUGGAAGCGAAGCUUCAUCUGCGGAGGGCCAAUCCGUCCCUGUUCCCCAGCCUCCAUACCCGGGGUAUCAAGAAGGUCCAGAUCCUCAGCCUGCGGCGCAGCCUGAGCUACGUGAUCCAGGGGAUGCCAAACAUUGAAAGCCUUAACCUAUGUGGCUGUUUUAACCUCACGGACAAUGGCCUCGGACAUGCUUUUGUUCAGGACAUCCCUUCCUUGCGGAUCCUCAACCUCAGCCUCUGCAAACCAAUCACAGACUCAAGCCUGGGCAGGAUUGCCCAGUAUCUAAAAAAUCUGGAGGUGCUGGAACUCGGUGGCCUCAGUAACAUCACCAACACAGGCCUUUUGCUCAUUGCCUGGGGCUUGCACAAACUAAAGAGCCUUAAUUUGCGGAGCUGCAGGCAUGUGUCAGACGUGGGCAUCGGUCACCUGGCUGGGAUGACCCGAAGCGCUGCCGAAGGCUGCCUCUCUCUGGAGCAGCUGACCCUGCAAGACUGCCAAAAGCUGACGGACCUGUCCCUCAAACACGUCUCCAAGGGACUGGCCAAUCUCAAGGUGCUCAACCUCAGCUUUUGCGGAGGAAUAUCGGACGCCGGUAUGAUCCACCUGUCGAAUAUGACUCACCUGUGGAGCCUCAACCUGCGGUCGUGUGACAACAUAAGUGACACAGGCAUCAUGCACCUGGCAAUGGGUUCUCUACAGCUUUCUGGCCUCGACGUGUCCUUCUGCGACAAGAUAGGUGACCAGAGCCUGGCCUACAUUGCCCAGGGGCUGUACCAGCUCAAGUCUCUGUCCCUGUGCUCCUGCCACAUCAGUGACGACGGGAUCAACCGGAUGGUGCGCCAGAUGCACGAGCUCAAGACCCUGAACAUCGGGCAGUGCGUACGCAUCACUGACAAGGGGCUGGAGCUAAUCGCCGACCACCUGACGCAGCUCACCGGUAUCGACCUGUACGGGUGUACCAAAAUCACCAAGCGGGGGCUGGAGAGGAUAACGCAGCUCCCGUGCCUUAAAGUGUUAAACCUGGGACUAUGGCAAAUGACGGAGAGUGAGAAAGUGAGGUGAAAGCCAAGCUGGGAGGAAGAAGUGGGGGUUUUCACCGUGGAAGGUGUAUUAUUUUUCAUCUUCAUAGAAUACCAGAGCGGGUCAGUUUGUAUACUUUUACAUUACCUUUUAAUAACUAUAAUACUGUGACCUUAAUUUUAGUAGAAGGGAUCAACCCUUUUAAACAUUCACUGUCAUAGCAUUAUUCCACCCCUUAUUUUGGUAUAAUUGCUUUCUCCCUUAUUUCCAUGUUAACUAUCCUGUCAUUGUAUCACAUGUUAUAAGGUUUUUACUAGCUACCUCAUUCAUUGAAGAAACUGGAGUGCCUGGGACACAACCCCACUGUCUCUCCAUGCAAACAAAAAUAAAUAUGGGAUAUCUGCCACAUUUUUCAACUUUCCCUUUAACUGUUUACCAGUAUUGAUGAUAGACUCAUGCAAAACAACUAUGUUCUAACACAGUCCCUCAAAUGAAGGCCUUCAUGCCUUGGAUUGAAGCUUUGACUAAGAAGUAUUUUUCUUAUGUUAAUAAAUAUGUUUUAUAAUGAAUGGCUGUAAGCCAGAACAUUGUACUUCAAAUUGAAGUGAAUAGUUUGUUUUUGAAGUACACCUUUUUGAAUUGGUAGUUUCAAUGCCUGAGGAGUUGUACUGUAUCUAACAUUGUAAUCUGCCUUUCCUAAUUCCUUCUGGUAAAUAUGAACAGUGUGGAUAUGACAGGGGUAAACUAUCUGCCUUCUCCCCCCUGGGGACUUUAGAAUGGAGAGUGGAAAAAUAGACUUUAUCUUGCCCUUGGUUAUCAAGAGCAUGUAUUUGAAGUCUGUAUGCAACAUAUCAAUAACCUACAUCAUAUUUUCUCCUGUAACGCCUUCAUGGAAAGAUCAUUGGUGUGUUUUUUAAAAAAGGGUCAUUUUAAAAUGGUUUUAUAUUCAUACAACAGUGAUAUUUAUUAAUAAAAAUGCUGAUUUUUCUUUUGCGAAAUGGUUUAUUUUGAGUUCUGUCGCCCAUUUGAGGUUUAUAGGAGGGCCUUACUAUGAAAAAGCAGGUACUAAAUAUGGCAGAAGGUGCAGGGUGUUCAGAACAUUAGGGGCCAUUCCAUUAUCUUACUCUAAUACAAGUUAUGCUGGUCCAGAAACAACCAUUUGGGGUCGCACACUUCAUAUGUAUAACCUCCCAGUAAUUUAUUGGGUAAAAACAAAAACAUUUCAGCAUCACUGUGCCGUUUAUCCGGUGUGUGACAAAUCAUUUUGUUUUAUGUUACACUUAAUUAUGCUGCUAAAUAUGCACAAUGGCAGUAUUGUAAACAAAAAUCCCCACAGAGAGUGAAAGACUGAUAGGAUAUGUUUAUUUACAUACAUACAAAAUGCAAAUACUCAAACGUGUCUGUUUUGCUUUAAUUUUACGUAACAUUUUUCAUCAUUAACACAGACGGAAGGCAGUACAUUUCUUUAACAAAUGCAAAAGAAAGUUUAAAAAAAUUAAACGAGAACCAUGACUUUAGAAGUAGCCCCUUUAACAGCACUGUGUUCCUGAAUGAAGAGUUGAAAACAAAGACCAUCACAGACUGGUGAGUCCACAGACAUUAAGGCAAGGGCAGGGAUACACAGGCUAGGGCCCCGUUGCAACUUUUUUGAAAGACACAUUUUUUUUCCCUCCUUCCUGAAAUAAAACUGUUCACAUGACCUGGAUAGGUGAAAGCUGACCAGUGAAACCCUUUGCUUUUACCUCUACGAUUUUAUCAGGUCAGUAAUUACUUCUGGAAAGGGAGAUGGCCAUAGAGAGUACUUUAGAAUCACAUCCUGGUUUAUGGACAAGGGGCAGGAUAAGAGAACCUAAACAGUAGCCUAGUCUCCAACUCUGGUCCUGGAGACCAAGCUGAUUUGUAACUUAUCAUUGUUCAACCAUGGACAGAUUGAAAUAGAAAUGUACUGUACAGAGCAUUUCUAAAUGCCAGAGACUGGCAGCGUGCUCUGUAAAUCAGGCCACUGAAUAUCAGGAGAACCAUGGUUGGAGACCGUUCUGUCCUAAACGGUCAGACUACUGUGUGAGACAUGUGGAGAACAGGGGAACACAGUCUAGGGGGCGUCAUUCCCACAAACAUCUCGGACAUAUGAAAUAACUAAACACUGGAACCUCAGGGUAAUACGUUUACAUCAUGUGGAAAAAGUAUACAUAAAAAAUUCAAGAAAUAUACAUAAAUGAAAUAAAAUAAAAAGUACUCUCCCUCUACACAGUCACAGUUUGAAAACAUUUGAAGUUUACAUGUAAUUUGACAUUUAUAAAAGUUUUUUAUUUUAUUUUUUAGAAAUAUUUCUCCAGUUUUAGCUGAAGACACUAGAACGGUCUGCCAUUUUGUUCAGAGAGCCUUGCUCCUCACGAUUCUGUGCAAACAUUCAAUGCAUAUAUAUCCAUAUGGUCAACAUCAUACUUUUAUAUGUAUAUAUAUUUAUAGAACAUGACUUUCUGCAAUUUAUGGCAGUACGGUCAUAUCUUUUGUCUUCAGACAAAUUGAGACACACACACACAAAAUAGACAACUAACUGCACUGCUUUUAGCUUCUCACUUUGUUUUUUUACAGAAUUCACAACAUCUUCCACUGGGUUACAUUUAUGUAGUCACUACUAGGGUUGAACGGUGGGAACCCGGUUACCGGGAUUUACCUCUAAAAAAUCACUCGCUUUUCCCUGGGAUAAAUAACUGCGAGAAACCGGUAAAUUAUAAUAAAUGAUUUAUAUGAACAGUAUGGUGUGAAAUGGAACUGUUACAUUAUAUGCUAUAUCUAAAUCUGGCUUCUCUACGGCCUCUGCAUGAAUCAGCGCUCAGGGUGGGGACAGACAGCAGCCCAUCUCAGUAUGGAGCACAGUUCAUAAUGCAUGUAGACCUAUCAUCUCAACUUUUUGUUCUUGUGACAGGUGGGACUACAUUUGCUGCAGCAUGGCCUAUGUUACAGUAAUAUAAAGAUCUAAUUUACCCAUCUCCUUCUGGCUUACGGGGGUCUUGUUUUUUCUCUGUCGCUCUCCAUCAACUCCAUCCAAAAUAGAUAAUCCUGUUCUAGAUUGAUAUAUAGCCCUAUAUAUAGAGAUGUUCUAGCCUACCUUCUACGGGUAAUACGUUCAAUGCAGUAUUAGCCUUAUAUUUAGCUAAUUAAUGAUGGGUUAUGCAUAAUAAGCUUUAACUUAUAGCCUCUGUCUCUUAUCCAAUACGCAAGCACCUGUGCUCCGCUGACCUCUAUCCUUAAAAAAAACACUCCUUAGCUCUUGGAGUCCCAUGCAGGAAAAGCUAGACCAGAAUAGCUUGCUGGACAUCAUUUUUUAAAGCUUUUUUUUAUACUAAUAGACUAUUUGAAGAGGGAUGCCUUCUCUUUUUAGCUGAAUGUUAUACACAGAAGUCAAUAGAACUCAUGGGUAAUUUGAAAGAUGAGUGAACUCGCGAUGGCGGUAGGCUAUAGCAGUUAUUUAUUUAGACCCAUAACCAUUCAAUCUUUGUGAUGCGAAGUGAAAGCCUGUUGCAUCUAAUUCUAGUCCUAUAUUAUUCAAGAAUGUCAUUAGAAUGAUGAAGAUAAGGACAACGAAACGCAUUUAAUUGAAUUGUUGAAAGCACGGAAAGAAUGAGAGAAAGAGGAUAACAUUCAGGGUUUAUAAACAGGUAGGUAUAGAAAUGUCAGCCUACUAAUUAUACAAAUAGGCCCAAUUAUAUUUCAAAAUUAAAAUCAAAUUCGCUAGCCAAUACUUUGAACUUUGUAGGCCGCAUGUGCUGCACCAGAAUUGCAUGUUCUCUUCUGCUUCAUCAUGGUUUCAAUGACGUGCCUAAUUCCAGUCCAUAUAAUACAAUACAGUCCACAGUCAAAAAUAUUAGCCUACUGGAGCUAGUUUCAUUUAUUUACCCAAGAGAGCAUAGGCUAUAGCUGGCUACAUCUAGGGGCUUCUAUGUUUUUCUGUCACGCAUAAUGUGCAGUAGCCUUUAUCAUACAUGUAUUGGAUAAUGGCAUAAUCAUAAUGGCAUAAUCAUUUGGGCAUUUUUGGGCUUAGGCUCAUUAAAUGUUGUUAAUGUAGGGCUCAUAAAUGUUUUUAAAAUAUAUGGCUCAUCAGGCUCAGCUAGAUUCAGGUUAGAAUGUUCAUGCUGAUCAAAGCUCUAAUCAAAUCCAAACAUAUAUGCUUUAUAAUUCUUUUGAAUGAAACCUCCGGUUUUGGUGGGAAACACCAGGUUACCCAGGAGAAAAGGGAUUUAUUUUCGGGACGGAACAUUUCUAAAACACCAGGAAAAUAUUCAACCCUAGUCACUACGUAUUUAAUGAGUCACUAAUUGAUUUAAAAAAAGGUUCAAACCCACUGGGAAGGGACUUUCAUAUCCUUUUAAGUAGGAUUCACUAUCAUUUCAUUACAAGAACCGUACACUCAGAAGCUUUGGAAAAAUGCACAAAAGGGGCAACGUCAAUCUCAGGGAACAUAAUUCAAUCAUAAAUUAAACAAUGAUAAUGUUUUACAAAGUCAUAUCUAUAGAAACUUUGGAUGAGAUCCUAUGACUGGUAAUCUCUUCAUGUCUUAUGUCAAGCUGUAGCACCAAUAGAACUGAGGAAGAAAAAGGUCCCUCAUGUAGGUCCAGUAUUGAUCCCUUUGCACACUCAAAGGCCACUCUAUCGUACCGUCCCCAAAUGACACCAUAUUCCAUAUAGUGCACUACAGUGGAGGGUGCUGAGGGGAGGACGGCUCAUAAUAAGGCAUGGAUCGGAGUAAAUGGAAUGGAUUCAAACACAUGGAAACCAUGUUUUUGAUGUAUAUGAUACCAUUCCCCUACAGCCAUUACCACGAGCCUGUCCUCACCCAUUAAGGUGCCACCAACCUCCUGUGGUCCACUACUAGAAGUGUACGUGGCUAAAAUAAACUAACGUUGCAUACCACAUAUUGAAGAGGGUGCUGUGUGCAAAACCAUCUAAAACCAACCACUGCCUGCCUGCCUGUCCCCCCCCCCGGUCAAAAUCCUUACUUGAUGUAAAUCAGACACUGAUGUCAAUGGGAGAUGUGUGUGGAAGUUCAAGUUAGGAUAUUGAGUUAGGAUUCCUCCCUCUUAUGUCUUAAGAUACGUUCACAGAACAUGCAGUAAGUCAGCCAGAGAUAAAGCCCCACAAGCCCUAAAACCCAGCUAGUCUCUCUCUCUCUCUCAUUGGGUGGUUGAGGGGGAAAUGGGAAAAGUUUUGUU